AGUCAAGCAGCUGAUACUUAAAUAAAAGAUUUCUAUAGUAUUGUAAUUUAUCGGUUUGGUUCGUGGAAAUAUGGCUCUUACACAGAACUUUCGAUUAAAAAUCCUUGGAAGCAGAAUUAAUAAAUUUAAACAAUACAUAGAUUUAAGCAUUGGUUUUCAAAGAAGUUAUAUUGCACAAGGCGACAGUAAUACAAAAGAUAAUCCAAGUACUAACAGUGACACAACGCAUUUCGGUUUUCAAACCGUUAAAACAAGUGAGAAGGAACAAAAAGUUCAUAGAGUUUUUGAAGAAGUAGCAAAAUCCUAUGACCUUAUGAAUGAUGUAAUGUCAUGGGGCAUACAUCGAAUAUGGAAAGACAUAUUAAUUGAACGGUUAGGCCCUACACACGGAACAAAAUUGUUGGAUAUGGCUGGGGGUACAGGAGAUAUUUCAUUCCGCUACUUAAAAUGUUUAGCAAAUCAAUCAAAUCCACAAAAACGUCAAAGUCAUGUAACUGUGUCCGAUAUAAAUCAACAUAUGCUGGAUGUAGGUAAAGAACGUGUAAAGCAAUUGGAAAUAUCUCAAGAAAACCUAUCAAACGUAUCUAUUGAAUGGCAACGUGCUGACGCUGAAAAAUUAAUGUUUCCAGAUAGUAGUUUCGAUGCGUAUACAAUAGCAUUUGGUAUACGAAACUGUACACAUAUAGAUAAGGUAUUACAAGAAGCUUAUCGUGUUCUGCAACCUGGGGGCCGUUUUUUGUGCUUAGAGUUUAGUCAGUUGAAUAACGAUGUAAUGCAAUGGAUUUACGAUCAGUAUUCCUUCCAAGUUAUACCACCUAUGGGGCAGAUACUUGCAGGGCAAUGGCAGCCGUAUCAGUAUUUGAUAGAGAGUAUUCGUAAAUUUCCAAAACAAGAAGAUUUUCAAGCUAUGAUUCAAAGAGCUGGUUUUGAUUUAGUAUCAUAUGAAAAUUUAACGUUUGGAAUUGUAAGUAUUCAUUCAGGAUUUAAGUUAUGAAUAAAUUUAUAUCAAAUAUACUGAAGAAUAUGUAAAUACGAAUAUUUUAAAUAUAUUUCUGAAUUAUUCGCAAGUAAAUGUAA